AUGACUUUAACUGAACCUGGCGUCUAUUGGAUCGUGAGUCCCGGCACGGUGGCGCCUAACUAUAUCGAACCUGAUGGCAACAACCCUGAGAGGUACUGCGUUCUCACCGAGAAGUUGGAAAAUUAUUUCAUGUUGGGUACACCACUCGUAGGACGAGAAUGUCUUGGGCUUGCCAGAGACCUCCCCCAGCGCUGGCUCAUCAAGGAAGCUGACACUACCAGCUACAUUCUCUACCAGCGUGAUGAUGACAGUGGCGCCGGCAUCGAAUUGGCUUGGAGCGUCCAACUUGAAGAAACAGGCAAACCGAUCUAUAUCUCGUACAAAGGCCAAACACGAGCCCAGUGUUGGGGCUUCGUGCGCGCCCCAUAA